ACGUUAACAAUUCUUGAUCAAUUAUUAGAAAUGUUGAAGCGCCGUGAAAAUGAAUUAAUAGUAUUGGCUUUACGUGUAAAAUGGGAACGUGAACUUGGUAAAGCAUUGAGCGUUCGAGAUAGAAUAACAAGUGAAAUUAAUGAAUUUAUCCUAAAUCGAGGCAGGUGGAAACCACCAGUUUCACCCAGAGAAGAUGGCUGGUUUAUUGAUUCACCUCAACUUAGGCAACGUGAGGUUACAUCAGAAGCUCAAACACAUAAUAAUAAUAUCGAAGACUUUGAAAAUAAUAUUAUUCCUCCGACGGGUGAAAUUUUUGAUGAAUUAGUCGAUUCAUCGAAUGUACCAGUUCCAGAACAUUUACUUGUGAAACAAGAAAACAUUGAAGAAGGGGAUCUUCAAGAUUUAAAAGAUUAUUUUACUUUCGCAAGAGACGUUAUAACACAACGAAAACAAGUUCUAGAUUAUGCAGAGGCUGCAGGAAACACUCAUACAAAAGGAAUUAGUUUAAAGGAUGAAUUGAUUAAAGAAGAAGAAAAUCCACGCGGUGGAUCAGUGGAAAAGGACUAUCUUGCACGCGUUAAUGAACUUAACAACCGAGUCGAAACUUCAUGGAAUUCAAUGGCUAUGAAAGUUAUCUAUCCAGAACAUAAUAGUCAUGACCCUGCCGAAAAUGAUAUUGUUCGUGAAGGUGUUAUCGCUUAUCACAAAAACUUGCAAGCGUUACAGCAGGAAACCAAUGAAGCGUUAAAAAAUUAUCAACGUGCUUUACGGUUUGUCAAAAUGGCCGAAGAGAAUAAAAAGGAAGCUGCCCGUUUGGAAGAAUGGAUUACCAAAAAGGAUGAUUUUGUCAAAAAUCGUAAAUUUGACAUUUUUCAAGAACCUUGUAGAUUCUCUGCCAAAAGUAUAGAAGAUUACGUUACUGGAAAUGCUCAAAUAGUCAUGGAUGUUCAUGAUUUUGACAAGGAUGAGCUCAAAGUUCUUCAAACAAGAGUUGCUGGAUUAGUUGCUGAAAUAAAAUCUGUCGGAACAAAAUGUGUAAAUACCGAAGAGCUCAAUAAUAUGAUGGCCAACCUAAAUUCAAAACUUGGUGUACUUCAAGAUAAUAUUCAAAUCCUACGCCAACGUGAACCUGAUGAGGUGGAUGCUGCACAAAAACGACUCGCUUGGGAAGAUUCAUAUAAAGAUUCUCGUAAAUUUAUUGACUCCUCUCUCAAGGAAUCAAAAGAAUUUAUGGCAUCUAAAGCUUCAUGGAAUACUAAAACUCCUGAAGAUAAGUCUGCACGUGAAGGUCUCGAACAAGAAUAUUCUAUAUUCAAAGAAAAAGUUGAAACUCAUUUACAGAUGUUUGAAACUGAUCAUAAAUCAAAAUAUGACGCAUUUAUUGAAGCGAGCGAAAAGCUAAACGAUAAAGACCGCAGGAACAAUAUUGAAAAACGACAAUCCAAUCUCGAAAAUGAUGCAAACAAACUCAAUGAACACGUAUAUUAUGCUCGCGAUCUCUUAGAUCAACGUGCUGCUGCUGUCGAGUAUAAUUUCGAAGCAACAGUUUUGGACAAAGUUGCAACCGAACUUAAGGCUAGUUUGAUUGAAGCAGAGAAAAAUGUUUCAAAAGGUCCUAGUGAAAUUGAUUUUGAUACAAACAUAAAAGAUUUCAGCCAAAAAGUUAAAAAUAUAUGGGAAGAAUAUGGAUCAAAAAUCCCAUAUCCUUCAAGUCCUAUUAUGAACGAAGUAAAAGUUACUAAAAAUGCGGUUAUUAAAGAGUCUGCUCAGAAACGACUUUCUUCUUUAGAAUCUAUGGGUGAAGAAUUAGAAAAAUUACAUGAGACUUAUCAAUCCUCUCUAGCACUCCAAGCACGUGCUAAUGAAUGCAUGAAAGAUUCUUCACGUGUACAAGAUUGGAUAGCUGAACGAUUAAAAGACCUUAAUGAUCGCAAAAUUGAUCCAUUAGCCCAAGAUUGCUUAUGGAAUGAAUCUCAAGUUCGUGAGAUGAUUGAAGAACAUGAAAAAUUCAAACAAGAAAAUACUAAAGUUGAUAUUGAAGACGUUAGCCAAGUUCGUCGUAACCUUGAAACGUUGCUUGAGGAUAUCAAGAAAGCAAAUUGUAAAAGCGUUGACCAAAAACCACUUCGCGAUGCAUUGGACAAUCUCAACAAAAACUUUAGUGAUCUGCAAAACUCAUCAUCUUUGCAUCAAUUAGAUCUUAAUGUGUUGCAAGAACGUGCCAAAUGGGAAGAUUUAUACGGACCUAAUUCUACAUUACUUAAUGACUUAACAAAUCAAGUUAAUGACUUUAUUGCCAAUAAAGCAAGGUGGUCACCCGAAACUGCUGUACCAGAAUCCGACUUGCAGCAAGAGUUUACGGACUUUAAGCAAAAAGUUUCAGAAUUUGAAGAAAAACCAUUAGCAUUAACUAAAUCUGCAUAUAAUGACAUGAAAUCAGCAAUAAAAUCAUUUCUAUCACAACAACCACCACCACAUAUUGCAAACCGUCAUGUUGAAUUCAUCCAACAUUAUGAUAACUUGAUUGGGCGUAUGGAUUUGGCUAAGCAAGUAUUGGAUCAACGAGAUGCUAUUGACGCUUACCUCAACCAAUCCAACGUUGUUGAAAAUGAAGGCAUUUCAUUAAAAGCUUUGCUGAAAUCUACUGAAGAAAGUUGUGAAGCUGAUCCAGGAUUCGCUGAAAAAAUUGCUACCUUUAAUGAGUCUUUAAACAAUUUGAAAAAGGAUUUUGUUGCAAAGAUACUUUACCCCAAAGACAAGAUAUCAGACAAAGAUGUUAAUGCAUCAAUCAAGCAGGUGGUGGAUGAACGUAUGGAUGAACUUGAAAAGUUAUCCAAAGAGAUUGACAGCCAAUUCAAUUCGUAUAAAAAAACAAUGGAAUUUUCAGGAGAACUUAAUGAUGCACUUGCAAACGCUAAAAGAAUUGAAGAUGAACUUGAUCAAUUCAUCUUUGAAAAAGCAUCAUGGCAAACACAAGAUCCGGAUAUAAGAAAAGAUGUUGAUUCAAUGAUCAAAAAUUUAUUGUCUGAAUUGGAUGAAAUCAAUAAUAAAGUUGCAGGAUUUGAAAAGAAAACGCUCAAGUCUAUGAAUGCUAAAUUCGAUGAAUAUCAAAAUGUCAUGAAUUCAGACGAAAAGGAUGUUCCAGAACAUGUUGAGAAGCUUCAUAAAGAAUUAAAUGAAUUACUAAAUGACUUGAAAUCUCUCGACGAUUUUGCUAGAGAAAUUAUUAAGCAACGUAAAGAUGUCACAGAAUACAUGAAUAACAGUGCUAUGUUAGAAAAGGAGGCACGAGAAAUUCAAAAGAUCCUUUUAACUAACGAACCAAGCUCACCCGGAGGAGAAGGAAAUACAGUUUCUAACGCUGUCGACACUUUUGCAGAUAGAGUUGAACGUUUAUGGGAUGAUGAUGCUUCAAAAAUUGAUUAUCCAAAAUGUAUGAUACAGAAUGAUAAGGACCGAAUAGGUCGAGCGGGAGAUUGUAAUUCUGUUAUACGUGAAGCAGUAAAUGCUCAAAAUGCAUCAUUAAAAUCAUUGGCAAAUAGUUUGAACGAUCUUCUUCACACACAUCAAAAUGUUUUACGUCGUAAAAAGAUGAUCGAAUCAUACAUGAACCAGGCCAAAGACGUUGAAGCUUGGAUACAACCAAAAUCAGACAUUUUGCAUAGUAUUCUUAAUGACGAUACUUUAGGAGAAUCAACAGAAGGUAGAUUACGUGAACUUAUCGGCGAAGUCGAUAGUGUCGAAGCUGCACGUCAAGCAUAUAACAGUGCGUUUGAUUUCGCCAAAAACUUGGCAGAUAAAUUGAUUGAAGAGAUGACAUAUGAAAUUCAACGCGGAGGUGAAGAUGUUGAAGACAUAAAAGCAGAUCUAGAACUUGUAAGCUCUAGAGCACAAGAAAUUGAUGCAUUAUGGGUUGAAUUACAAGACAAUGUCCUCAAGUCUAAACAAAGAUUAGAACAAGCGCUUCAAGUUGUAGAGUUUAAGGAAAAAGCUAAAGGAAUUCUUUCAAAGAUUGAUGAUUUAUCUAGUGUAAUAACAAAUAGCCUGGUAGAAUCUGUAUCUGACACUGAAAUGAAAGAUUGGCAAGGUAGAUUAAACUCUUUGGAACAAGCAGAACUUUUUGAUUUAAUAAAACUUCACGAUUUAGCUCGAGAAAAUCUAAAAGAUAAUUUUGGUAUUCUGAGUGAUAAAGAAACUAAAGAGAUUGAAGCCAUCUUGAGUAACGUUAUUAAUUCUAUUAACUCGUUGAAAAAAUUAAUGGGUGAAAAGACUGAAGAAAUAGAAAUUUAUAAAUCUGCUCAAAUCGCCGGAGCUUAUAUUAAUCGUGCUAAUGAUCUACAAAAAUGGAUUGAUGACUUUAUCGCAGUUUUUGCGAAUGCUAAACCAACUUAUGGUAUUAUGGGAGGAGAUGAUAAUGAACUGAACACUAAGUAUUUCCAUGAAUUAGUUGCAGUUUUGGAUAAUUUCCAAAAUCAAUUGCCCUAUCGUAAUGAACAGAUUGAAAGCAUUCGUGAAGAAUAUGAAGAUAUCACCUCACAAGAGGGUAUUCGAGAAUUAAAAGAUAUAAUGAAAUGUCAGGAACAUCUUAAUAAAUCCUGGGAUGAACUUUUUGCGUCUGUAGAUGAUUUUAAGAACUUUACUACAAAAGUUGCUCAGUGGCAUGACCAACAUGGUACUAUCUAUCAGGUUGAAACUAAUAUAUUAGAUGGAUUAGAAUCUCGUAUAAACGCUUUGCCUAGUGUAGAUUUCUCAAAUUUGGAGGCUGAAGGCAAAGAAUUAGAUGAAAAUAUUAAAAAAGCUGCAUUAAUACUUGAAGAAACUAAAGCUGCAGCUAAUCAUGUUCCUUUCACACCGGACGAUAAUCUCGAUGAAACAAACCGACAAAACUUUGAUAUUCAUCACGAUAAAGCAAGUAAAAAACUAUUGGAAUUGUCAGAUGCGUUCAAAACUGCUCUCACUGCAGCUCACAAUGCCUCGCAAUUGGCAGCGUUCCAUGCCGAUGCAGAUCGAAUUAUUAAAGAAUGUUAUGAAGGAACUGCAGUAGUUAAAUCGAGACAUGAGGACCUUGAUCGCAGCGGCUACUAUGCUCUAGAAGUUGAACCACUCGCAAAUGUGCUUAAAAAAGCUAUUGAUGAAUAUACAGAAAGUGAAGACAAAUUGGGAAUUUAUGAUCAAAAGGUUAAGGUUGAUUUGAAGCAAGAAGCUGAUAAACUUAUUGACCAAAAUCCUGAAGCCAAUAAGGAUCGUAUAUUGAACAUUUUCAGUAAGGUGACAGGAGCUUUAGAGAAGUUUUCUGACACUGUCGCACUUGAACGUCGUGAACUCGAACUUGUACGUAGAGUUUAUGCACAUACCAAAUCUUCACAUGAUAUAAAAAAUUGGAUGUCAUCUUGUAAAUUAGCAAUGCUGAAUAUUCAAGUUGGUUCAAUCGGUAUAAUUGAUCAAGAAGCAGAGAUAGUGGAUUUAGAAGACAAAGUUGCUAGUUUCCAAAUUACAGUUGAUCAGUUCAAAGAUAUGAGCCACCGAGUUCUAAUACCUGAAGCCGAUAGUAGAGACAUUGAUGAGCCCCAACCUGAGGAAUCAAAUCCUAAAAUUAAAGAAGCUGUUCAGACAAGAACAAAUAGAGUUUUAGAGGAGUGGUAUGGUCUUAAUGAUCUACUUGCAAAAUUGAGGUCAAGCCUAAAUGCAUCGAAGGAAGCUCAGGAAGUAUCACGUACUAUUAAAGAUAUAUUAGUAGCCAUUGGUCAAGUCAAAGAACGAGUAUUAAAUGUUGAAUCUUUCAUUACUGGUGAAGGAGUUCCAAGGUUACCAACAAAAGAUGAUGUUAUUGAUGGUGUAAGAGAACUUGACGAAAUUCAAAAUGAAGUGGACAAUAUAUUAACACCUAGGAUUGAAGCACUAGAUGAUAUGAUAAAUAAUUUAACUGAAAAUGACAAGGAUGAAAUGAAUGCAUUAAUGAGUUCAUUACUUGAAGUAGUGGACGCUGCCACCACCACAACACCAGAUUGCCCACUUCAAUUAUUAAGCGUCAUUGACCUGCAAUCGCGUUUCACUGAAUUGGAUACCAAAUAUAAUUAUUAUCAUCCUAUCAUAGUCCAAAAAUUAGCAGACGCACAAAGAGCAGCAGAGCCAUUAAAAGAUGAUUGGAGAGUUGUUGACCGUCUAGGCAUUCUGAUAGAACAAUGGAAUGAAUUAAAUGAAGUUGCUUUAGCCAAAAGAGAUGAAUUAAGUCGUCUGCUUUCAGGUCAGAAACCAUUAAUAAAAACACGACCUGGACGAUCCAAUUCAACAUCAGCUAGAGUCAUCUCACCCGGUAGCUCCCCAUCACGUCUCAGGCAUCGAUCGUCAACAGCAACAACACGGGCCGCAUCAAGAACUCCAACACGGCUUUCUCCAAGCCCAACACCAGGUACACCAGGGUCUCCAAGACGUCCACCAAUCCGUCUCUUACCGCAUUCAGUCAACAAUUACAUUCCAGACCCUAAGGAUCAACUUGAUGUAGAAGUCGCGCGAAUAGUAAACGCGUGCCCUGUAAAGAUUAAAGUGUCUAUGGUUGAAGGAGAGCCUGGAAAGUAUAUGUUUGGAGAAGUUGAACCUAAGCUAUGUUAUUGUCGUAUUUUAAGAAGCCGUAUGGUAAUGGUUCGAGUUGGAGGAGGGUGGGCAGAGUUAUCGAAGUUCCUUGUUGAACACGCUAACUUGGAACAAAAGUACAUCCCCAAAGCCCGAUCUUUUGUCGGAUCUGACGAAACAGAGCCAAGAACCAACGUCGGUGAGUCCGCUGGUGGUCCCAGUUUUUAUGAGGCGAACAUCCGCUUCAUCCCGAAGGGACCAGAACUCCGUAUCGAAGGGUCAGAAGGGCUCGGCCCCUUGGCGUUGAAACGAAUGUCGUAUACUAGAAAAGUGAGUAGUCGAGAUACUAAUGAUAGAUCACGUUUGAUAAAACCAAGUAGCUUGGCAAAAUCACCAUCAGAGUAA